AUGGAUGUGAAGCAUGGAAACUACUCGGUGAUAAAUUGUUAUGAAGUAUUGAUGAGUGGUGAAAAUGAUAAACAGUUUGACUACAUGUGUUCCAAUUUUUAUGAGGUUGCGCAUAUUGCUAAUUCUCACAAAAAGUAUGAAUACUUGCUAAGUUGUAUAAAUAUGGCUAAAGAAAAGUUAAAUGAUGAUUUAUUUUGGGGUUGUAGUAGUAUUGUAAAUUUGAUAGUUGAAGAUGUUCAUGUUCCAGACUCGACUAAAAAAUUGUUACCACCCUUGCAAGUACGUAGUAAAGGUCGUCCACCAUCCAAGAGAAAAGAAUCUAGAGUAGAACGGGUUAUGAAGAAGAAUAGAAAGAAAAAUGUAAAAGUUCAACCAAAAUACACAAUGGAAUUCCAUAGAAACCUCGAGUGGAUCAAUACAACAAGGUUCGAUGCAUUCAAAUCAGAAUCCAACCUGUCAAUAACAACAGAUUUAGACAAACAGUGGAAGCGAGGCACCGAAGUCCAUCCCUCCUUUACCGUCGACCUUCAUUGCCAAGCCUUACCAUCUGCGGUACUAUUGCUGAAUCAUUUUCCCCAUCGCACCCCACACGUCCUCCGGUCGAAAAAACCCCCACUUACCACCGAUCUGCCUUCAUUUCCCUUUCGCAAACACCACCGAAUCACCCCUUUCCCCUCACUCUCUUUCUCUUAUGUUUCCCGUUGGCACCAGAAUUCCGAAGCUCUUGUCUGCACUGCACCCACCGAGACCGAAUCAACUUCGCUACUUCUCCCCUUCGGUCCGUCGAACCCCGGAGACAUCAAUCCUUCUCGCGAUCGAUCACUGAAACCACGCCUGCUCCGGUGCUACUUUUGCUUCCAACGCCCGGACUUCUCACCUCGCAGUCGGACAAGGAGAGUGAAGCUUCGUUUCUUCAGCCUCGCCGGCCCCGGAGACGACGACCUUCCCUCGCCAUUCGAUCGGCGAAUGUUGCCUGCGAGCCUCGUGAUCCUUUCAAUCGCCAUCCCUCUGCUUUCGUAG